AUGAACUACUCCACGUGGAUAGAGGAGAAGAACCUCAAAAAAACCUUCAUCGUAGCGACGUUAUGUUCCACCAUCGUCGGCACCUUCACGACGACUAUGAAUCUCUACGAUGCUGUGCAAGCCCGCAAGAACCAGAAAAAGACGGAUAGCAAACAGGACCAGGAGCUUGAGUCCCUGCGGAAACGUGUAGACCAGGCAGAGGACCGCGCAAAGGAUAAGGAUAGGGACCGCGACGACUACGGGCGCAACUUCCGCGACGCUUCUCAGCUUGUACAGCGGCAGUACGAUGAGGGGUACGGGAGGCUGGGGAGCAGAUUCGCCCAGGGAGACACAAUAACGGAGAACCUACUACAAAAGCAAAUCAUCCAGCUCCAGCAGACCGUCAUCAAUGUCCUUCAGGAAGCUCUCUACAACGACCGCCAACUCUCCCGCGCCGACAUGGCCAAGCUCGCAGCUGCCUCCGAUGCUGCCCGCGAAGGAUCCAUCGACGCUCUCCGCCAGCAACAGCAACGUCUCGCCGGCAUAGAAGACACCCCUAGCAGACGCGACUCUCCCAUGCGCGCCCUACCCGCCCCCAAACGUGCCUCCACCGUCAUCGACGAGGAACCGCUCUUCUGCCGCUACGCCCUCGGCGUACAGUUCAGACCGUCGAAGCCUCUUGCGGGCGAGUUUGCACCCGGCGGCGACUGCCGCUGUCCUGACUGCGACCGGCGCAUCGACGCCACUGCCGACGACUUCUGGCAGAUUGGUAAACGCACGCCUAUCGUGUACGGCGGGAAGGAAGUCACCGAGGCUCGCGAGUUUCACCUGGGCCAGCGCUUCGUGAUCAAAUGCCAUACGCCGGAUGGCGAGUACGCCUGCGUGCUGUGCAACAGGCACAGGGACAGAGAUGCCGUGUGUCGGACGGUGGAGGCGCUGGUGAAUCACGUAGGACGGUUCCACGACGUUGAGGAAUUAGAGAAGGAAGUCGAUCUGAAGGAGACGGCCCCGCUGGCUCUGGCGCCACCGCCGCCGCGACUCAGAGAGAUGGCGAUAUGA